AUGAUCCGUCGGCACACGCAGCGCGCAGAUCGGCUUCGCGCAGGAAUACCACCCGCUCGGCCGGCUUCGGCUUCGCCGCGCGCUGUGGUAGGAGUCCGUGCCGAAUCGCUUUUACGGCCCGAAGAUGGUUCCAAAAAUUAUGUGUAUUCUGGGGACAACUCGGUCGUGUCGAUCUUGCGGCUGCGAGCAUCGGAUGCUAAUGAUUCGCUGGCUCGGGAAGUUGGUUCGGUUCUGGGGCUGCAGAAUACGUUCAAUAGCUAUCCGUUCAUGGACUCGAAGACGCCGCGGGAGCGAUGGAAAUCAUUGCUUAGUGUGUUGCCGCAGAGGGCUGAGAUCUUGAAGUUCUUCCAUUAUUACCAGGUCACAGCGUACCCUUUCAACCCGAUCUUAGCUGAUAUGGAUCGAUUUGAAUCCGAUCUAUGCACGUAUUUGAAUGCCCAUGCUGCAGGGGAGCUGAAGACCCCCGACAAAAUCACCGAGCGCUGGGCAACGGAUAAGUCUAUUGGUCACAUCGGUCUUUUGUUAGCCACCUUGGCAGCAGGGGCACACUACUCUGAUGUGGAAUAUCCUCGCCGGCUGGAGCUUACCACGGACUUUGCGCGCCGGUCCUUUCACGCUCUCCGUCUGUGCAACUUCCUUUUCCGGCCCUCGCUGGAUAUAAUUCAGUCACUUCUUAUCCUGGGGAAUACUCUGCAGAAUAUGGGUCAAUCAGAUGCUGCCUGGGCAUUGCUGGGCACGACAGUUCGGCUCGCCCAAACGAUGGGGUUACAUACCCAACGAAGCAUGGCACACUGGCCUGAGAAUUUGCAAACCAAGGCACGGGCCCUCUGGUCGACAAUCGCUUGGCAGGAUAGUCUCCUCUGCUUAUGCUACGACCGCCCACCCAUCGUAACAGUGUCAGGUUGGCCCCUUGAGAAGCCAAUUUUUGAGCAACAGGACUUAUCAUACGCGAACACCAUGCACCUGAUAUGUCGACUUGGCCUCGACAUUAUGCGAGCAGAAAGCGUGGGAAUCGGGGAGGUCGAGCAGGCACUCGACUAUCUGCAAAGACUAGACAGCAUUUCCCAGCGUGGCCUGCUCUAUCUUCAAUCCCGCGCAAACUGCACCACCCUGCAGCAGAACCUGGAGCAUUUAGCACUGAGGAUGCAUAACUCAUUUUGUGUCUCCGUCAUCUGCCGUCCAGCCAUGAAGCAAUCAUCUCCACAAAUUCUUCAUCCACAAGGUGAAAUCCUUCGAGCACGUGCAAAAGGAGGCUUGAUCGACGCAUCGAAGGCAUUUCUGGAUUUUCAAGCCCUCAGCGUCGUCCCGUUGCGAAGCUGGUCAAUGGUGCACACUGUUCUCAGCUCCACAUUGCUCCUUUGUAUCUGGGAAGAGACGCGCAAUGAUGCUGAAUGCCGCAGUCUACAGCAGCGCGUGAUUGAUGUCUUUACUUCUUCCGAUUCGAAGACCAGCGACGAUGGGACCUCCUUGUCUGAUAGUGACAGCCAAUGGCUAUCGGCUCGGCACAUCCGAGCUUUGGUUACUCUGAGGAGUGCAUUAGAUCGAGAAGGAGAGAGAAGACCAGUCGAGAAUGAGAAUCUGGCGGCAAUGGGUGCAAAUGCUGCAUCGCUGCCGGGAACUGGACCGGAGGGCUACCUGGACAUGUUCAAUUCUGUGGAUAUAUCCCCUGUCUCAUAUCUUGACUCGAUUAUGAACGUUCCUCUCUUCGACUUUUCACAGGAGGAUGGCUUUCUUUAA